CCCGAUAUAGGCUGUCUGACCGAUGGAUAAAUGUUAGGUAACUAGAUUGACGGACAAGAUGACAACUAGCAAAGAAGAUCCAGGGCCAUGAUGUCUCCCAUUUAUAGUCCUUAGCCCAGUCCAACAAGACAGCUGCAGAUUCCUUGACCGAUAAAGAGGGAAGCGAAAACUUAAACGGUAUCUGCCUGUCUUCUCUUCUGCCUUCUUCAUCUCUGUCUCUGUUCUGGGACUACGUUCUGGGGAUCAGAUUCAAAGACAAAUAUGGGUUCGCUUGAGGAUGAGAGAUCGCCUUUGGAAGAUGGGCUUCUUCAGAGUGAAGGCAGUGGACUGUACACUGGAGAUGGCUCAGUUGAUAUUAAAGGGAAGCCUGUCCUCAAAGAGAACACUGGAAAUUGGAAAGCCUGCCCUUUCAUUUUGGGUACCGAAUGCUGUGAACGUUUGGCAUACUAUGGUAUUGCCACUAAUCUUGUAACUUACCUGACAAGCAAACUCAAUGAAGGAAAUGUAGCUGCUGCUAGAAAUGUCACCACAUGGUCAGGCACUUGUUAUCUUACCCCUCUUAUUGGAGCAGUCUUAGCAGAUGCUUAUUGGGGAAGAUAUUGGACAAUUGCUGUUUUCUCCACUAUUUACUUCAUAGUAAAUCCCAAAGAAAGGGUGAAGAAGGGUUCUUUCUUCAACUGGUUUUAUUUUUCUAUCAACAUUGGUGCUCUGAUAUCAAGCAGUUUUCUGGUAUGGAUUCAAGAUAAUGCUGGUUGGGGCCUAGGCUUUGGCAUUCCAGCAUUAUUUAUGGGAAUUGCAAUUGCAAGUUUUUUCUCAGGCACAAUGCUUUAUAGAUUUCAGAGACCCGGCGGAAGCCCUAUUACAAGAAUGUUCCAGGUAUUAGUUGCAUCAUUUCAUAAGUGGAAUCUGGAGGUACCCACUGACAGUACUCUCUUAUAUGAAACACAUGACAAACAUUCUGCUAUUGAAGGAAGUCGGAAAUUGGAACACACUGAGGAGUUUAAGUAACUCUCUUCUUUUUUAUACUUUUCUUUCUGAAUUAUUUACUCAAUAAGUUAUCAAUGCAUGAAUUAUUUUCAAUAUAUUAUGUUUCUGAGU